AUGACUGCUUGCGAUAAAACCCAGACUUCUGAUUAUUGGUGCUGCGGUGAUAAGACUGAUUGCUGCACUACGUCGGAUGCUAUCCUUGUCAAGGAAAUCUUUGCUUCAAACAAUCAAACAGAUCCCAGCUCCUUAUCUGGACUGUCUCCUGGUGUUCAAGGUGCAAUCGGUGGGCGCGUCGCGGUAGGAGCUACCCUCUUGUGUGCCGGAAGAAACGGAAGCCCGAAAUAUGCAAGGUCUGAGGCUAAGGAGCUGGUUGAGCUUGGGAGUGAGGUUGCCCAUGAAAUCGGAUCAGGGAAUACCAGAUACGAGAAAGUCGCCGAUCCUUUGAGUCCCACGCAUGAAUUUGGCUCGGCAGAUACGAUGAUAUUUGAGAGACCGGCAAACAUCCAUAGGUACUAA